AGCCGUUAUUAUUUCGCCUCAAAAACUUCAUUAAAUAAUUAUUUGUUAAAUAGGGUGGGGAUGUUCACCGGUGAGGACGUGUCUUGCUAGACGACAGUUUGCCAGUUUGCUACUAGAAUUCGUUCGGAGGCAUAAAAGCAGGAAUCGUUUGAUUCAGUCUAGUUUAUUCUUAGCGUUCAGUUGAAGAGAAUUAUUUGAAUAUUUCUACGAGUCGCAGCUAGCUGAGAGUGAAUGAAACCUUAACAAGUCACCGGUGUUUAGUCAUUUCUUCAAUUUUAAAAAGUAAUACGAAGAAAAAAACAACGGAGGCGCCAAGUUGGCAAAGGAGAGUCUGAUAUUUACGGCUACCUGUGGAAUGGCAUCUGGAACUAAGCGAAAAUGGUCAGAUUUUCUAACAUGUCGCCAAGUGUUAAAUAUAAUGGUCAUCCUCGGAUUCAUGUUCAACUACAUGCUUCGAGUCAACUUAACCAUAGCCAUAGUAGACAUGGUGAUCGAUUCAAGCCCGAAGAACGCCACAUCGAACUUGACGAAAGUUGCCCUUCAAGAAAGCACCCGCUUCGACUGGGAUGCUGGUCAGAAAAACGACAUCCUAGGAAGUUUCUUCUGGGGCUACGUCCUCACCGAAUUACCUGGAGGCCGGAUGGCUGAAAUUGUCGGAGCGAGACGGAUCUUCGGGGGUGGGAUGCUGGCGGCCAGCAUACUCACCGUCCUAACUCCGGCAGCAUGCUACAUGCACUAUUACGUUGUUAUUACCUUGAGGGUUCUGGUAGGAUUCUUCUUAGGAGCCACGUGGCCCGCGAUGCCGCCCAUGGCUGCAAAAUGGAUUCCUCCUAUGGAGAGAUCAAAGUUCAUAGCCAACAUGAUGGCUAGCAGUUUGGGAGCGGCCUUAACCUUGCCAGUAUGCGGAUUUUUAAUCAGCUCGGUUGGAUGGGCUAGUGUGUUCUACGUUACCGGGGCCGUCGGCAUAGCUUGGUCUAUUCUGUGGUUUCUCUUGAUUGCCGAUUCCCCCGCGCAACACCCGAGGAUAUCGAUGGAGGAAAGAAUGGAAAUAGAAACGAAGAUUGCGGAAGGAGAAGGGGGAAAGAGCAUCAAGCCUGAUACUGUACCAUGGAUGAAAUUGAUGACUAGUUUUCCAGUUUGGGCUAUAAUCAUUACUCAUGGCUGCUCAGUUUUUGGAUAUUUCACGGUGGUGAAUCAGCUGCCUACUUAUAUGAAAGAUGUACUUCAUUUCAAUAUUAAGAAAAAUGGUUUACUGUCCAGUCUUCCAUAUCUGGGAAAAUACGUUAUGGCAAUCAUAUCGAGUUACUUCGCAGAUUUGCUUAGAAGAUCUGGAAAACUUCCCAAAAAUAUUUAUUAUUUAUUUGGAGGUCGAAACUUUUAUCUUGAAUGA